AGUGUUUUUGUUUAUGGUCAAAAUUUGAGGGGAACCCAAAAUGGUUGUCUGGCAAUACUGAAAAGAGUUGCUAUUGUCGACAAAAAAUGAAUUCAGUUUCAGAAAUAAAAUUUCAAAUUACGGAAUUAAAUAUAUCAAACAUAAAAAAUGAAGUACUUAUAAAAUUUAAGUAGUAUCUAUUAUAAGUUUACCUCUGAAAAAUAUUUUGUUUCCACAAAUAUCUAUAAAUUCUGUAUAUAAGAAAGUAUCUUCAGCAGCCAUGGAUAUUGGUGGUGAAGGCUUAGAUUUUGUUAAAUUAAUCAAUGUGAAAGGCAAUGUUGAAAACAUUACCCCUCAUAAAAUUGCUGUUGUUGCUUUCAUUAGAGAGUAUGGUUUACUGAAAAUAGAAGCUAAAGAAAUGAUUGAUUGUGCUAUGGCUCCUAAAUACAGAAAAGAUUUUUGUUUAUUAGCUCUAAAACUUAUACAGUGUCCUGAUAUGGAAUUCAAAGAGUUAGAAGCUCUUCUAACAGAUGGUCGAUACAACCUUUUGAGUGUCCAUUUGCAGAACUUUUGUGUUCGCUUGCAAAGUAUAUAUGCCAAUGGCAUUAAUGCUCUUAUGGAUUGUGUCACUUCAACUAUAGACAAACUUAUGAUAGAACAAAGUGAAACUAAUCUCUGUAUUAUAACAAGAUGCAGUGUACUAGGAUUUUAUUUGAGACGAAUAAUGGUGCAUUUAGACAAAUUGACUUUUGUUCAAAUUAUUUCUUUGUACAAGUCAUUUUGUAUAUAUUAUCAAAAAGGGAGGCCAGGUUUGAUGAUGAGAUCAUUAAGCAAAGAGAAAUUGAAUAAUAUGGAACCACAUACUACGGCCACUUCUCCAACACUGCCUGAUGAGUCCAGGCCCCAUGAGUCAUCAAUAAGAAUGAACUUAGUGGAUAGAGAUAACAGCUUUGAAGAAGCUCAGUGGUCUAGGAAACAAGCUGAAUUGUUCACAGCACAACAAGCCAAUUUACUUCAAAUUAAUGAGAGAAAGGCAUUACCACCGAAACAAUUGCAAAAAACCAUAAUACAAAUCAUAAAUGAUAUACCGGAAUAUCCUGACAUUCAUUUUCUUAGUUUUCUAAACUGCAUUCGUAUGAAAGAGUUUUGCGGUGCACAAGAUUCCCUCUACAAUUGUUUUGAUCGCACUGUAUUUAAUGUCACUACAAACAAUAACAACGCCAACAACAACAACAAUAACAACUCGUCGUGUAAUGACAGAAACAAAAACUUUCGUUACGCAGCUCUGAAUAGGGCUGCUAUGCAUACGCAGUUUGGGCAUAAGAGCGUGGCGAUGGAGGCGGUCCGCGAGGCGCUGGGCGCGGCGCAGGCGGCGGCGGACGGCGCGGCGCUGGCGCACGCGGCGGCGUGGGGCGCGCGGGCGGGGGGCCGCGCGCGCCGCGCCGCGCUGCUCGCCCGCGUGCCGCGCGCGCCGCGCCAAGCCGCCGCCGCCGCGCAGCUCAUGGCCCAGCACGCCGCCGUCAACGGCACCAAGCCCGCGGAGGUGUUCCAGAUCAUAACGAAAGGAGACACUAUUAACUACUUACAUUCAAUGACGGAUCUCACGAUGGCGGGUUUGGCGAACACGGCCGCUCUGUGGUCUUUAUAUGGAAAGACUGAAAUGGCAUCCAUUAACUGUCAGUUACUCCUUAAUUUAAACACCAAGUGCGUGGUGGGCAACAGUAGCGCGUGGCACUGGACGGAGGCGUCGUCGACGGCGGCGGCGGGCGUGGCGUGCGCGGCGGCGGCGCGCGGCGCGGGCCCGGCCGCGGCCGCGCUGCCCGCGCUGGCUCGCUGCCACCACCUGCUCGCCGUCUCCACGCACGCGCAGGCAUCCUUCGCGCUAUUAGCCGGUAAAUGGGAGGAAGCCGACCAAUGUAUAAGACAACUAGCAUCUUAUGACCGAUGGGAGAGUCAACUACUAAAAUCUGAAAUGUAUUUUCUAAAGGGAGAUGCCACAGAGGCGCUACAGUCUCUUCAUGAUGUUUUGGAUUUUUGCAAAACCGAGGACGAUAGCUUGCAUUAUGUAUCACUAAGAUUAAAAGCUAUGAUAUUAAUGUCUCAAGUACAACAUACAGUCAGUAGUGUACAAUCGACAAAUAUUAUGAUACUCAAUGAAGUUUUAUCGAUAGCAAAAAAAUACCACUUAAUUUAUUUAGCUGCAACUGCCGAAAUGCACAUAGCAAAUGUACAAUUAAAUAUGGGUUACGCUAAAAAUGCUUUGACCCUUGUGAGAAAAGUUUUACCUACGGUUAUGGCCCAUGGAAGUGCGUACGAUAUGGCAAGAGCGUUGCUGCUGUAUACAAAGUGUCGAAUCGCAUCAGCGCCCGUGGCAGGCGAGAGCCGCAUUCAUGUUCUUCAGUCUUGUUGUGAUGCUUUAGAGUCAGUUAAAAAGAAUUUUGCGAAAGUUGGCGCACAUGCCCGCUUACUACAAACGUGGUACUUACAGGCGCAGAUAUACAAUGACAUAGGAAAUCAUGGAGCAAGGAAUCAAUGUGCUUGGAUGUAUAGGCAAUUAGAAACAGAAAACCCAAUAGAACUUUCAAAUAUGUUGCUUAUAAUGUAUUAAUAUUUUAUAAUGUACUGUGUUUUAUUUCAUUAUAAGUACCAAAGACUAAUAAUCGUCUGUUAUUUAAACUAGGAUAACCUAUGAAGUAAAAAACGAAACUACAAGACGUGCCUGUAUAUAACGACAGACUCAAUCCUAAGCUCAAUUUACAAAUAUCCGUUUCUUAAAUUGACUUAAACUUUAUUGCUAUGGAGAUCAUCUUAACUAAAGUAAUAAUGACAUUGAUAUAUGGUUAGUAAUGGAAGAAGGAAUCGUGUCAUUCAAUUUGAUGUUAACAUCAAAUUUAAUGACACAUCUUAUAUAAUAUCUACGUACAUAUCAUAGUUUAUUGCCUGAUCCUGUAACAUCAAAAUAGUAGCAAAAUUUGUUUUUUCUAUAGAGUAUAGUUAAGACUAGGAUCAAGGUAUGAUAGGAACGGCAUUACAAUUUAGUAUGUGUCAAAAUAAAGAGUAUUUUUUUAUUGGUGAAAUUCAAAAUUGAAUCUGUCGUCGACCGACAGAUACAAUUUUAAAUUCGAUCGAUAUAGUCGGUCGACGUUGAACUCGCCUGUGGCACUAUGUUUUUCUAACGUCUUUUUGUAACUACAAUUGCUAAUAACAAACAAGCACAACAAAACUUAUUACAUUAACAUAUCGUAAAUUGUUAACAGAUUUUGAUGAAGACAAAAAUAUAUAAGUUGUUAAUUUCGGAAUAAUUUUCUUUUAAUCUGAUGGAAAACAAAUUAUUCCGCACAAGAUUUAUUCUGUAUUGUAUUCAUGUAGAGUUUUGUAGCUUUACUGUCUUGAAGUACAAACCCAAAAUUGUUUUAUUUCUGGUUACUUUCAUGUGAUUCAUGGCGUCUACAUCC